AUUAGCUUUUGGAUGGACUUUGCUACAAUGGAGAGAACUGUGUUAUAGCCCUGGUCCAAGGACAUUACCAUUUAUUGCCCAUAGACUGUGGGGUGAGUGUGAAAGUCUCCAAAGAGAAGGACCAUCUGGCAAGUUUGCAGACACCCUGGAACAUGGAAACAAGCAAGCUUUGAAACGCACGGCUCUGGUGACACUCCAUGAGUCUGCAGGGCUUUCACGCGAAUUAGCCCUUAAGAUCUUGCGUAACAAAAUGGACACUGGGGACACAGCUCUAGGACAAAAAGCUACCUCAAGGUCUGGAGAAACUGAUAAAGCGUCAGGUAGAUGGAGACAGGAGCAAUCAGCUGUUAUUAAGAUGAGCACUUUUGGCAGUCAAGAAGGACAGCGGCAACCACAAAUAGAUCCGGAGCAAAUCGCAAACACAGCAUCAGCACAACUCUUCGGCUCUGGGAAACUGGCCUCCCCUAGCGAGGUGGCCCAGCACGUCACAGAGAAGCAAUACCCACUGCACCGUCCGAGUCCUUACUCAUGCCAACAUUCACUCUCCUUCCCUCAGCACUCAGUGCCACAGGGUGUCAUGCACAGCCACAAGCCACAUCAGAGCCUCGAAGGCCCUCCCUGGCUUUUCCCUGGCCCUUUGCCAUCUGUUGCCUCCGAGGACUUAUUUCCUUUUCCGAUCCAUGGCCACAGUGGUGGUUACCCGAGAAAAAAGAUUUCAAGUUUGAACCCUGCUUUUAGCCAAUACUCCCAGAAAAGUCUCGAACAGUCAGAAGAUGCUCACAAGAAAGAGCACAAACCCAAGAAGCCCGGCAAGUACAUUUGCCCUUACUGCAGCAGGGCAUGUGCCAAACCCAGCGUGCUGAAAAAGCACAUCAGGUCCCAUACCGGGGAGCGGCCCUACCCAUGUAUACCGUGUGGCUUCUCUUUCAAGACAAAGAGCAAUUUGUACAAGCACAGGAAGUCGCAUGCCCAUGCAAUUAAGGCAGGCUUGGUCCCUUUCACAGAGUCAGCUGUCUCUAAAUUGGACCUAGAGGCUGGUUUUAUUGAUGUGGAAGCAGAAAUACAUUCAGAUGGUGAGCAGAGUACAGACACCGAUGAGGAGAGCUCUUUAUUCGUGGAGGCUUCUGACAAAAUGAGUCCGGGCCCACCCCUCCCUUUGGACAUGGCCAGCAGAGGGGGCUACCACGGGUCCUUGGAAGAGUCGCUGGGUGGCCCCAUGAAGGUGCCGAUUCUGAUUAUUCCUAAAAGCGGGCUUCCUUUGCCUAAUGAAAGCUCUCAGUAUAUUGGCUCCGAUAUGCUCCCCAAUCUGUCUUUAAAUACUAAGGCUGAUGACUCUCACACGGUGAAACAGAAACUUGCACUCAGGCUGUCAGAGAAGAAAGGACAAGAUUCUGAGCCAUCGCUAAACCUUCUGAGCCCGCACAGUAAAGGCAGCACUGACUCCGGUUAUUUUUCUCGCUCAGAAAGUGCAGAGCAGCAGAUAAGCCCCCCGAACACAAACGCGAAGUCUUAUGAAGAAAUCAUCUUUGGAAAAUACGGCCGGCUUAGUCCUAGAAGCACACUCAGUGUUACCACCACCAGUCAGGAGCGCGCCACGAUGGGGAGGAAGGGGAUGAUGGAGCCAUUACCUCACGUCAACACCAGGUUAGACGUCACGAUGUUUGAAGAUCCUGCGUCACAGCUGAUCCCCAGCAAAGGAGAGAUGGAUCCCGGUCAGACGAGCAUGCUGAAAUCCACUAAAUUCAACCACGAGUCCAGACAAUCCCAGGCUGUCCCAUCAUCCGUCAGGAAUGAAGGAAAACUUUACCCUGCCAACUUCCCAGGCAGCAACCCGGUUCUCUUAGAAGCUCCUGUGGACUCUUCACCCCUAAUUCGAAGCAACUCGAUGCCAACUUCUUCAGCAACGAAUCUAAGUGUCCCCCCUUCUUUGAGAGGAAGCCACUCAUUCGAUGAGAGGAUGACGGGUUCCGAUGACGUGUUCUACCCAGGGACCGUGGGAAUCCCCCCUCAGCGCAUGCUCCGCAGGCAAGCUGCGUUCGAGCUGCCGUCGGUCCAGGAGGGGCACGCGGAGACGGAGCAGCACGGCAGGAUGCUGAAGAGCAUCUCGGGUUCAUCCCUGAAGGAGAAGAAGCUGAUUCCCGGGGACAGGGGCGGCUAUGACUACGACGUCGGCCGGAAACCCUACAGGAAGUGGGACGACUCUGAAACGCCAAAGCCAAGCUACAGGGACAUGCCCGGCGUGAGCCCCCUGAAGCACGGCGGCGAGUACGUCGCGGAUCCCUCGGGGCCGUCGCAGGGCGCGCCGAGCAUGUUCGGAACCACGUGUGAAAACAGGAAGCGCCGGAAGGAGAAGAGUGUGGGAGACGAGGAGGACACCCCCAUGAUCUGCAGCAGCGCGGUCGGCGCGCCCAUGGGCCUCCUGGCCGCAGAGUACGACCCCAAGGUGCAGGGGCAGGAAGGCGCGCCGCACCUGCCGGCGGGAGGCAGCCCCUCUCUGGGGUCAGAGGAGUUACCUGCAGCCCCUGAUCCAGACAAGGUGUCAGACCUCGGGGGCAGGAAGCCCCCGGGGAACGUGAUUUCUGUGAUCCAGCACACCAACUCUCUGAGCCGACCCAAUUCCUUCGAAAGGUCCGAGUCGUCCGAGCUGGUGGCCAGCGCCCAGGAGAAGGCCUCUUCGCCGUCGGAGGCCGGUGACAGCGAGGUUUCCGAGGCCCCGGUGAGUCCCGUGCAGGCGUACCACGCGCAGCCCCGGCUGGUCCGCCAGCACAACAUCCAGGUUCCGGAGAUCCGCGUGACAGAGGAGCCCGAUAAGCCGGACAAGGAGAAGGAAGCGCCGAGCAAGGAGCCGGAGAAGCCGGUGGAGGAGUUUCAGUGGCCGCAGAGGAGCGAGACGCUGUCCCAGCUGCCCGCCGAGAAGCUGCCGCCCAAGAAGAAGCGGCUGCGCCUGGCGGACAUGGAGCACUCCUCCGGGGAGUCCAGCUUCGAGUCCACGGGCACCGGCCUCUCCCGCAGCCCCAGCCAGGAAAGCAACCUGUCCCACAGCUCCAGCUUCUCCAUGUCUUUCGAGAGGGAAGACGCCGUGAAGCUGGCCGCCCCGGGGAAGCAGGAUGAGUUGGGGAAGCACUCGGAGUUCCUGACGGUCCCCGCUGGUUCCUACUCGCUGUCUGUGCCGGGCCACCACCACCAGAAAGAGAUGCGGCGCUGCUCCUCCGAGCAGAUGCCUUGCCCGCACCCAACGGAAGUCCCAGAAAUGCGGAGCAAAUCCUUUGAUUAUGGGAACCUGUCCCACGCUCCGGGGGCCGGGGCGCCGGCCUCCACGUUAUCCCCGUCCCGGGAGAGGAAGAAGUGCUUCCUGGUGCGGCAGGCUUCCUUCAGCGGCUCUCCCGAGAUCGCCCAGGGCGAGGGGGGCGCAGACCUGGGCGUGAAGCAGGAGCAGAUGGAGCACCUGCACGCCGGCCUGAGGUCCACGUGGCCCCACGCCCCGUCCUCUGUGCUGCCCCCUCUCCACGCAGAGGACCCAGGGAAGCAGCUGGUGGGUCCUUGUGCCCAGCUGAGCUCGGGGCCACUGCACCUGGCCCAGCCACAGCUCAUGCACAUGGACAGCCAAGAAGCUCUGAGGAAUCCCCUGCUACAACCAACAUCCUAUCUGACGAGCAAGCACUUGUCUGAACAGCCACAUUUAUUUCCACACCAAGAGACCAUCCCGUAUUCUCCCAUCCAGAAUGCCUUGUUUCAGUUCCAGUAUCCAACCGUCUGCAUGGUUCACUUACCCGCUCCGCAGCCUCCUUGGUGGCAGGCCCAUUUCCCACCUCCCCUGGCGCCACACCCUCAGAAGAGCUACGGCAAGCCUCCUUUCCAGGCAGAAAUCCACCCUAGCUACCCACUGGAGCACGCCACGGAGCACACUGGAAAGAAAGCCACUGAUUAUGCGCACACAAAAGAGCAAGCUUACCCGUGUUAUUCAGGAACAUCAGGCCUACACUCAAAGAACCUCCUUCCAAAGUUUCCGUCGGACCAGAGCACCAAGUCAGUGGAUACUCCCUCCGAGCAGGUUCUUCAAGAAGAUUUCACCUCGGCAGCCGCUGGGCCUUUGCAGUCCUUACCGGGAACAGUGGUUCCUGUUAGGAUCCAGACCCACGUCCCGUCCUAUGGGAGUGUCAUGUACACAAGCAUCUCUCAGAUACUCGGGCAGAACAGUCCUGCGAUUGUCAUAUGCAAAGUCGACGAGAAUAUGACCCAAAGAACACUGGUAACCAAUGCGGCCAUGCAAGGGAUAGGGUUGAACAUUGCCCAGGUGUUGGGGCAGCAUGCAGGCUUGGAAAAAUACCCCAUCUGGAAAGUACCUCAAACCUUACCCCUCGGCUUAGAAUCCUCAAUCCCCUUGUGCUUACCUUCCACCUCGGACAGUGCCGCCUCCCUGGGAGGGAGCAAGCGGAUGCUCUCUCCAGCCAGCAGCUUAGAACUCUUCAUGGAAACAAAGCAGCAGAAAAGGGUCAAGGAAGAAAAGAUGUACGGACAGAUUGUGGAGGAGCUCAGUGCUGUGGAGCUAACCAACUCAGAUAUCAAAAAGGAUCUCUCCCGCCCGCAGAAACCCCAGCUGGUUCGACAAGGCUGUGCUUCUGAGCCAAAGGACGGCUUGCAUUCAGGGUCAUCUUCCUUCUCCUCUCUGUCCCCCUCCUCAUCUCAAGACCAUCCCUCUGCCAGCGCGCCCCUGAGGGAGCCAUUCCCUCCCAGCUCCAGGGCACCCUCUCUCUCGCAGAAGUCCAGUGGGCCUUCUGAGAGCAAAGAGUCCUCAGAUGAAUUAGAUAUUGAUGAGACCGCCUCCGAUAUGAGCUUGAGCCCACAGAGUUCCUCAUUGCCGCUGGGAGACAGUCAGCUCGAAGAGCAGGGAAGGGGCCCGAAGCUGCCCGUUGGCAUGCUGGUCCACAUGGCCUCCGGCCCAAGCAGGAAAGUAGCAAACUCGACACUUCUUUUCACCGAUGUGGCAGAUUUCCAGCAGAUUCUUCAGUUCCCCAGUCUGCGGACAACAACUACUGUGAGUUGGUGCUUCUUGAAUUAUACAAAACCCAAUUAUGUGCAACAGGCCACCUUCAAAUCCUCGGUUUAUGCUUCAUGGUGCAUUAGUUCCUGUAAUCCAAACCCAUCAGGAUUGAAUACCAAGACCACUCUGGCUCUUCUGAGGUCCAAGCAAAAAAUCACCGCAGAAAUUUAUACUCUGGCUGCUAUGCACAGGCCCGGAACCGGCAAGCUGACGUCAUCGAGCGCUUGGAAGCAAUUCGCUCAGAUGAAGCCUGAUUCGUCCUUUUUAUUUGGCAGCAAACUAGAAAGGAAACUAGUGGGAAAUAUCUUAAAGGAAAGAGGGAAAGGAGAUAUUCAUGGAGAUAAAGAUAUUGGAUCCAAACAAGCUGAGCCAAUCCGAAUUAAAAUCUUUGAAGGAGGGUAUAAGUCAAAUGAAGAUUAUGUAUAUGUCAGAGGACGUGGACGUGGGAAGUACAUUUGUGAAGAAUGUGGGAUUCGCUGCAAGAAGCCAAGCAUGCUCAAAAAGCAUAUCCGCACUCAUACUGAUGUCCGGCCUUAUGUGUGCAAGUUAUGUAACUUCGCCUUCAAGACGAAAGGAAACCUGACAAAGCAUAUGAAAUCUAAAGCGCACAUGAAAAAAUGCCUGGAGUUGGGCGUCUCAAUGACUUCAGUGGAUGAUACAGAAACCGAGGAAGCAGAAACUAUGGAAGAUUUGCACAAAGCAGCUGAAAAGCAUAGCAUGUCCAGCAUUUCAACUGAUCAUCAGUUCUCAGAUGCCGAAGAAUCGGAUGGUGAGGAUGCAGAUGAUAAUGAUGAUGAUGAUGAAGAUGAUGAUGACUUUGAUGACCAGGGAGAUUUGACACCAAAAACCAGAUCAAGAAGCACCAGUCCUCAGCCUCCUAGAUUCUCCUCCUUGCCUGUGAAUGUUGGUGCCGUACCCCAUGGGGUUCCCUCAGAUAGUUCCCUGGGACAUUCUUCAUUGAUCAGCUAUUUGGUUACUUUGCCAAGUAUUCAGGUUACUCAGCUUAUGACACCAAGUGACUCAUGUGAAGAUACCCAGAUGACAGAAUACCAGAGGUUAUUCCAGAGCAAAAGUACAGACUCAGAACCAGACAAAGACAGGUUAGACAUACCCAGUUAUAUGGAUGAAGAGUGCAUGCUGUCUUCAGAGCCCAGCUCCUCUCCAAGGGACUUCUCUCCCUCAAGCCACCAUUCCUCACCGGGAUAUGAUUCUUCACCCUGUCGGGAUAAUUCACCAAAGAGGUAUCUGAUACCCAAAGGAGAUUUAUCACCCAGAAGACAUUUAUCACCUAGGAGAGAUCUAUCACCCAUGAGACAUCUUUCACCAAGAAAGGAAGCUGCAUUGAGAAGAGAGAUGUCACAAAGAGAUGUUUCACCAAGAAGGCAUCUGUCCCCAAGGAGGCCAUUGUCACCUGGGAAAGAUAUCAUGGCAAGAAGAGACCUUUCUCCCAGAAGAGAGAGAAGAUACAUGACUUCCAUAAGAGCACCAUCUCCCAGAAGGGCUUUAUACCACAACCCACCGUUGUCCAUGGGGCAGUAUUUGCAAGCAGAGCCAAUCGUAUUGGGGCCUCCUAAUCUAAGAAGAGGAUUACCUCAGGUUCCUUACUUCAGUCUCUACGGAGACCAAGAAGGUGCUUAUGAACAUCCGGGCUCCAGCCUCUUCCCUGAGGGACCUAAUGACUAUGUCUUCAGUCAUCUUCCACUCCACUCUCAGCAACAAGUACGAGCUCCUAUCCCCAUGGUGCCCGUUGGUGGGAUCCAAAUGGUUCACUCCAUGCCGCCGCUCCUCCCUGGUUUACAUCCUGCACCCACAUUGCCUCUGCCAAUGGAGGGCUCUGAGGAGAAGAAAGGAGCUUCCGGGGAAUCCUUCGCUAAGGAUCCUUACGUUAUUUCUAAGCAGCACGAGAAGCCAUCUCCUCACCUUCUGCAGUCAUCUGGUCCACCCAGCAUGCCCUCCUCUCCUCGGCUAUUGAUGAAACAGAGCACUUCGGAAGACAGCUUAAAUGCAACAGAGAGGGAACAGGAGGAAAAUAUACAGACUUGUACAAAAGCCAUUGCCUCUCUCCGGAUUGCCACAGAAGAGGCCGCUCUGCUUGGGGCAGACCAGCCAGCACGGGUGCAGGAGCCCCACCAGAAACCCUCGGAAAGUGCACAUGUUAGCAUUAGACACUUUAGUGGACCUGAGCCAGGCCAGCCCUGUUCCUCAGCUACCCACACUGACUUGCAUGAUGGUGAAAAGGACAACUUUGGUACAUCACAGACUGCAUUAGCUCACUCCACGUUUUACAGCAAGAGUUGUAUGGAUGACAAACAGUCGGGCUUUCACGGCAGCAAAGAAUUAUCUUCAAGCACAGAGGAAGGCAAAGAACCUUCGUUGGAAAAGAGUCAGCUACAUUGAUCUCAGAUGCAUGGAGACUUUCAUUUCCACAUUUUCUUAUUUUGUUUUGUUUUUUUUUUCUAGAAAUAGAGGUAAUCAAGUUUAUAGCAUGCCUGUCCUGAGUUACAGUAGUUUGCUAUUAUAUAUACUUUUGUUAUAGCAAAAGAAUAGGUAAAUUAACAAGUCAUCAUGAGCCUGACCAAAACAAAAUUUGAAAUUAACCUAUUGGGUCUGGUACUUUUAAAACUGUACAGAUGUUUGUGCCUUUUCUUUACUUUGCUUAUAUUCUUAUAAGCAUUUUUUAGCAGUAAUUUGUACAUAUUUUAGAAUUUGUGUAUCUGCUUUGUAAUAAAUGUAAUUUCUUUCCUUUUUUGGACACUUGGAUCUAAAUGAUGUAAAGCAAAACAGCAUCAAUAUAUAUGUGAGGUUGCACUAAAACAUAUUUUUAUAUGAUUAAAACUGAACAGCUUUUAUGUACAGCUCUGAUUCUGUAAUACUAAUAUUUAUUUACCUUGUUUCAUAAAUUGUACAUUUUUUCUUAAUGUUGUGGAUUGCUUUUCUAUGUGAAGCAUGGGAUUUACUGUUGCAUAACUAGAACAAAAAUGUAUAUUGUAAACAAGAUAUUUAAACUAGAGUAUCUUAUUCUGCACUUAUGCAUUAGUUACAAAAAAGAUAAAGGAUGUAUCAGUCAGUUCUUAACUCUUGUAAAUUUUUUUGUCUCUUGUUUGCUGGAUUGACUAUAACUUAAGUGCUGAUUGUGAUUUUAAACUGAUAGUACCGUAAAGCAUUAAAGUAAACAAUGUGCUAUUGUGAGUUUUUUCAAAGCUUUAUAAAUCAGUUAUAAAUAAUAUUAAAAGUAUUUGGUCUUAUGUGAACAUGUUGAUCUAUAUACUCAUCGAAAAAUAUGGGAAAACAUUCCGCCCCAUGUAAAUAUGUACAAGUGCAUCACUGGUACAAUUUUAUGUAACUCAGUUGGACACUAGGUUGCCACAGACCUAUGCUAGGGUGUCUUUAAAAAUUAAAGUGACAAAGCACAUGGAACUUUGUAGAGCUUGGUUAUCGGCCGGCCCGGUGGCUUGGCAGGCAGUGCUGGGCGCUGCCUGUGGAGAAGACCUGGGCUUAGAAAUCUCCUUGGUUCUUGCUGCACACGAUGGUGACUGAGCUAAGGCUACUAUGGAGGGGUUACUCUUGGACUCUGAGGAGUGGGUGUGGAAGCGGGGAAGAGGCAUGGAGACCUACCUGCUCACAGCCCUUCCUGUCAGCCAGUCCUCACGGUAACAGGGUUGGCAUCAGCUUUAGGAGAAGCCACUUUACCCUUUGGAAGAGGGGAAGAGUGUCACACUUCUGGCUAUCUCAGGGGGAAUGGGAGGAAGACGCUUUCCAGGGGAAAGAACUUGUGGGAGCAGGAUGUUUUUUUGUAUAUAACAUUCAAAGUGGGCUUUGGUUGGUGGCAUAGGUGGGCAGAGCCUUUGUAGGUCCAGAGGAAUGGCAGAAAGGGAGGGUACCACAUGUGCACACACACACACACACAAUCUGGGUUAUCUUUGUGCUAUAUAGUGGAUUAUAAUUCUGUGAAACCAAGUUUGUACAUUGAAUUACAUUAAGGAGUGUUCUUUAAAAGAGAAAUAAAUAUACAAUUACAUGCUU